AUUAUGUUUCUCAGGGCGACUUCAUUCACCCACGCGUGGUGAAAGAAGCUCGCUUAUCCAUGACAGGGUCUCCAACUCCCAUUUCCGUUACCCUAGGGGAUGACAAGACCCAGCGCUUCUUCAAUCAGACGGUCACCGACCUCCCUUUCUUCCUCACUCUCGAGCCAACUGAUCGUUCCCCGGCGUCUCGUCGCCACCGCUCCUCUGGACAUUUCGAUGUGAUGAAGACGGGGUACGACUUCAUUCUCAGCACUCCGUGGUCUUGUUGGUUCCGCAGCACCGAGGCCGAUUGGGCGACCAACACUCUCGUUCUCAAAACGAAGUGUGGACAGACGUAUCGCGUACCUUUCAUAGGUACCACUGCGAUACCACGCCCCGAUCCUCCUCCCCCGGAGCCUUCCGUGCCCACACCAUCUCCUUCCAUCACUGUCACCUCGCUUUGGCAGUUCGCCCACUUCAUCCGACGGGACUACGUCACCUUCUUUAUGGUGGACGUGAUGGAUCUCUUACACUAUGAUCCACCCUGUCCCGACGCCGAGCUCAUCCCUCCGGAGCCAGAUCCUCCUUCUAUCUCCAUGGCUCCCAUUUCUACUUCCGUCCCUCCGCCGUCCGUCGAGUCCACUCCGUCGUCGCGCGCUGGCGUUGACGCUGAGGAGCUCGCACGUUAUACGGCUGACCUGGAGCCCGCAAUUCGUGACCUCAUCCAGGAGUACCACGACGUUUUUCCAUCGUCGUUCUCGUACGCCGGCAUCCCACCGAUGCGUGACGUCGAGCACUCCAUUCAGCUUGUGCCUGACUAUCGUGUUCACCACCAGGCACCCUACAGACUCUCGAUCCCCGAGGCCACCGAACUCAAGCGUCAGCUUGAGAAGCUCCUUAGACUGGGUUUCAUUAAACCUAGCAACUCCUUGUGGGGUGCACCCGUCCUCUUUGCUCGCAAAGCGGAUGGAACUCUUCGUCUCUGCAUCGACUACCGCGGUCUCAACCGCUACACGGUUAAGAACAUCUACCCCAUGCCUCCCGACCAGCCGAAGACCGCGUUCCGAUCGCGAUUCGGCCACUACGAGUUCACGGUGAUGCCAUUCGGCCUGACCAACACACCCGCUACCUUCCAGAGGGCGAUGAACGACAUCUUCAGGGACAUCCUGGAGCAGUACGUUCUCGUCUACCUCGACGAUAUCCUGGUCUAUAGUCGUACCCUUGAGGAGCACCUCAGACACCUCCGCGACGUCCUUGACCGCUUGCGCAGACAUGGCUUCUACGCCAAGCUGAGCAAGUGUCGCUUUGCCCAGCACAAAGUGGAUUUCUUGGGACACUACGUGUCUGACCAGGGUCUCCACAUGGACGACGCGAAGAUCACUACUAUUGCGGAGUGGCCCGCCCCCACAUCCGCCAAGCAGCUUCGCAACUUCCUAGGCCUGACCAGCUACUAUAGUAAUUUCAUCCGGGGAUACGCUAGGUAUUCCUACGUCCUUACCUCCACCCUCAUCCGGAAGAACCCACCCUGGGCUUGGACACCCCUCCACGAGGACGCCUUUCGCGCCCUCAAGAAGGCGGUGACACGCGCACCAGUUCUUCACCUACCCGAUUUCGAUCGCCCUUUUAUCCUUACCACCGAUGCGUCAGACUUUGCUGUAGGAGCAGUGCUUUCUCAGGUCUUCCCCUCCUCUCCUGAUUCCUCUCAUCCUCAUAUCCCUCACUUCCCACCACCUACCCCUACCACCGCUUCCCGACUGACGCCUACUCGUCCAGCUACUGACGAGCCUUCUAUUGACUAUUCUCCUACGAUCGCCGAGGACGGCACUGUCGAGUCUCGCUGAGGUGAUUGUCCGAUAGCCUUCUACUCCCGUCAGCUCCUGCCCGCCGA